CAUUUUUGACAUUUGUUCACCGGCAGCCAUGGGUAUCAAACGCUUGGCGAUCCGACUCGACCCAGUGGAAAAUCCGACAUCAUCAUCACGCGUGUAUUCCCCGGGAGACAUCGUUUCCGGUUACGUGGCCAUUGACGGCAGUGGAAUCGUCAGCAUUAACGGAUUGUAUCUGGAAGUGGAGGGGCGUGCUAAAGUUGCCUGGAAUAAAAAUGACAAUACCUACAGGGCACAAAAUUCCUACAUGCAGUUAACUAUUCCUCUGAUUCACGACUCAUUAUAUCUCCAAGAAACGGCUGGUGGACUGAAAUUCCCAUUCAAAUUUACACUUCCGCGUGAGAUUCCCAGUUCGUACGAAGGCAAAUCGGGCAACAUCCGGUACAGCAUUAAAGCCGUCAUCAAGAGACGUUCGUUUCUCAAAUUUGAUUACGUCAGUCAAGUGUCUUUCACGGUCAAUGCCGUUGUCGAUCUCGGCAAGGACGUGACCACUUUGUUUCCAUUGCGACAAUCGGUUUCCAAACCUCGAUCUGGAUUGAAGCGGAUCAUGGCGGAUGUCUGGCUGGAUAGGACGGGCUACGUUCCAGGAGAAAAGAUCCAAUUCAAUGCCAACAUUGACAAUUACAGCGGUAAAUCGGUGCGUGGAACCACCGUUCAACUUAUCCAGUACACGACGUUUACCGAUGGCAAACACAAGAACAGAGUCAAGACAAUUUUGUGGCAGAGAAAAGGUCGAAAAAUUCGUGAUAAGGAAAUUCAAGUUUGGGAUAGAAUGGCCAUCGUCGUUCCGUUUGUUCCGCCUUCCGGAAUGCCAUUUUGCAGCCUCAUCGACAUCUCCUACGUCAUCAAGUUGAUCAUCGACCCCGGAUUUUUCCAUGGCAAUGUUGUUAUGCGACUUGACAUAAUAAUUGGAAGCGUUCGCAAUCCAAAUGUGGACGAAGGACGACACUCACGAAAUGUCACGUCCGCAAUCUUUCCACCGUCGUCCUCUGUCGUUUCACCUGACCGCACAUCAACCGGCGUAUUGUCCUGCAAUGAGUGCCAGCACGUCGAUAGUCCACCUCCGACUUACGAAGAGUGCGAAUUGACUGGAUUUUCCUUGUUCCGUGGUUCACCUGCAAUCAAAAAGAAGGUUGAAUAAGAUCUCAAGCUCGUCCAUUUCAAAAAAAUUCAAUUCUUUCAGUUUUUCGUUCAAUUUGGCAAGUUAAUUAUAUCAGAAAAUCAAAUGUCAAAAGUUGGUUUAGAGUGAGAUUUAUUUAUAUUUUUGUUUAUGAUGUUCUACAGUUGCAUUACAGCCCCGAGGGCUUUCAUAUCAAGUUAUACAGAUCUAAUAAAAAUUAAUUUUUCGCAGUCA